AUGGAGACUAGAAAGGAUGCAACUAAUCUCAAACUAAUGAGAUUUGGAACGAAAAAAAGGAAAGUGACGGAGAGUGAUAGAGUUGGCAUACUAAUACCAUGCCAUAGAUGUGCGGUUUUGUCAACAGUGCCAAUGACUUCUGGAAAUGGACGAGAAGACAUGGCAAUUGUGAUAGUGUUACAACAAAAUACCACUUUACGAGCAAAAUCAAAACAAUAUAUACUGGUCUUUGGUGCAUCCAUUAAUUGCUUAGAAGUAGCAAAAAGCAACGGUGCAAUGCAGUCCGAUGUGCGAUUUCCUGAGAAUGAAUUCCUGAUUGAUGCAUCUUGA